GAACAAAGAAGAGCAAUGGACACUUGUGGGGCACAGGAUCAGCUAAACACCUCCCCAGGAGAACAUAAAGCAGGGAUUCUCUGUCGGCUUGUAUCAGAAAAAGACAACGCAUUGCUGGCCAACCUGAUUGGAAACGAGAGCACGGUUCUUACAGCUGCAGUUGUGCAAGUGUUUUUUGCUCUGCCUGAAGACCGGAGCCAGUGGGCAUUGUGUCAUCAUGGAGUGGUUUGUUUCAUCAGAGACCACGGCCUGCGGUCCUACUUCCUCAGAGUGUUCAACAUCAAGGCUCAGAAGCUAGUCUGGGAGCAGGAGCUCUACUUUGAGUUCAGGUACAACACUCCCCGACCCUACCUGCACACAUUCCCUGGAGAUAACUUCCAGGUGGCACUCAAUUUUGCAGAUGAAGCUGAAGCAGAGAACCUGAAGCUUUUCAUUGAAGCCAGAAUCAAACGUCUACAGAAGAUCAGAAAUAAGAAAGCAGGUCAGUUCACCCAAGCGAGUUCUCCUUUGUCGAGUCCAAAACCACAACCUCAGACAACCGGAUUUCUAAGUGCUGAAAGACGGCGCUCCAGUAAGAGAAGAUUGAACAAAUCUGACAUCGGUACGCCGAAGGAUUUUAAGCACGUGAGCCACGUUGGAUGGAACCCAAGGACAGGCUUCAAUAUGAACCGUAUGGACCCGGACUUGAAACAGCUUUUUGUUAAAGUGGGUAUUCGAGAACGGCACCUCAAGAACAGGGAGAUGUCUCAGCUGAUCUAUGAAGUCAUUGAGAAGCGGGGUGGCAUGGAAGCAGUUCGCAAGGAAGUCCAUCGACAAGAAUCUCUCCCUCCAAGUCACUUAACGCGUUUAGUAAGUACUCCUCCUUUUCCUCGAUCCUCCACCUUGGACUCUGAACUUAAGACGCCACUGGCCUUAAAGAAAGGCCCACUUCCAGCUUUGCCAGUCUCGAGUACCGAAAAAAGGACCCCUUCAUGGUCUCAGAAAGUUAGGAGGCCGUCAAUUCACAUGCUUUUUCUGGAGGAGGACAUUCCUCCUCCUCCUUCAAUCCCACCUCCUCCACCACCAGUUGUCCCACCAGUGGCUUUCCUUCCACCUGCCCUGCCUGCUGCUCCUCCACUGCCAGCAGCACCCAUGGGAGCCCAAAUGCAGAACUGGGAGAAGCGGUCUGGCUCCACCAGUGAACACCGAGCAACAGUCCUUGAACAAAUCAAGCAGGGUAUCCAGCUGAAAUCGAUUACGAAAACUAACGCCACCGCUUGUGUCCCACCAUCACCAGAAAGAGGGGACCUUGCAAACGCUCUUCUGGAGGUCAUACAGAAAAGACAAAAAGCCAUGUAUUCUUCAGAUGAAGAUGACAUGGGAGAUUCUGAAGAUGAUUUCGAUGACUGGGACUGAUUUUAAUCCUAGAUGUGUGGCAGCAAUACAGUGUAUCUGAAUUCGGAGGAGUCUGCUGUGUGGCAGUUUUCAAGUAGUCCAACAGUGAACACCUAUGAUCGAUUUUUAAGUUUAGGGUGUGCCUCUGAUAUUAAUGUAAAUUGUCUUCAAUUUUAUGCUUACAGCUUGUUUUUAGUUGCAAAAAAAUUGUAUGAUUUUUAUUUCUAUGUAGACUUAAAUUAAAGAGUAUAUCUUUUUUUUA